UCAUGCCAAAAAAUAAGUGAUCCUGAGAAAGUGUAAAUAAAAUGAAGAUAGGCAGCAGCUGGACCCCAGCUUGGAUGUUCAGCACUGUAUGAAUACACAGGUUUGUAAAGCUGCUGCUGUAAAACUACAAGUCCCAGAAUGUCUUUCACAAACACAGGACUCUCAAGUUCACACAUGCUCAGUGUCUUGGUAGAAGCCUGUUUUCCAUAGGUUCCUGGAUAGGUUAAAUCAAGUGGAGCAAAUGGCCCCACCCUAAAAGCAAACUUUAGGAUUGGAGUUUGAGCCUAGCCUAAGGGUGGAACCGGAACUUACCUUUGUACUUCAAGCAGGUCAGGGUUGGUUGGGUAGGUUUGGAACCGGCUGCUGUCCUGAGGCGUCUCACAGCUGCAAGCAGGUUUGAAUCCAAGAUUCUUGUGACCCUGCUGUCCUGCCCCCACCCCUCAUAUUUAUUUUCUUCUUGGGAACUUCCAGCAGGUUAUUAUGUCUCAUUCCUGCUGUCCCCAAGAACCCCUGUGUUACAAGAUUUUUACUACAGGUUAAAAGUUAACUAUCUAUGGUUCCUUAGAAACACCUAGCACUGUCUCCCAGCAAACAAGAAAUGCUGGAAAGAAUGGGCCCUGGGGCCUUAGGUAGAAGUUAGGAAUCCGGUGAGGUGGGAAGAUGGUGUCAGACACCAAAUAUGAGGUCUUACUAGCUGCCCUGCCUCCUUUAGGUUCUGCCGGAUAGCCACCAUGGCCUCUCAGCCUCCUAGGCUGGCAGAAGAGUCUAGCCCAAGUCCUGGGGAGUCUGAAUUGGCUGUAAACCCCUUUGAUGGGCUUCCCUUUUCUUCCCGCUACUACGAGCUGCUUGAGCAGCGCCGAGCCUUGCCCAUCUGGGCUGCUCGCUUCACCUUCUUGGAGCAUUUGGAGAGCAGCCCCACUGGAGUGGUGCUAGUGUCUGGAGAGCCUGGCUCUGGCAAGAGCACCCAGAUCCCUCAGUGGUGUGCAGAGUUUGCAUUAGCCAGAGGGUUCCAGAACGGCCAGGUUACUGUCACUCAGCCUUACCCUCUGGCAGCCCUGAGCUUGGCUGUGCAGGUUGCUGAUGAGAUGGACCUGACUCUGGGUCAUGAGGUUGGAUACAGCAUCCCUCAGGAGAACUGCGCAGAGUCUGACACCCUGCUCAGGUUCUGCUGGGACAGGCUGCUUCUGCAGGAGGUGGCCUCAUCCCGGGGCAUUGGAGGCUGGGGUGUGCUGGUGCUGGAUGAGGCUCAAGAGCGGUCGGUGGCUUCAGACUCACUUCAGGGGCUGCUGCGAGAUAUCAAGCUGAGAAAUCUUCCAGGGGACCCUAAAGUGGUUGUGGUUACCGACCCAGCCCUUGAACCUAAGCUCCAGGCCUUCUGGGGCAAUCCUCCUACUGUGUAUAUACCCAAAGAGCCUGGUGGGAGUCCCACCCCUGUCUACAGAGACACUAUCCCUACUGAUCUGGUGGAAGCUGCCUGCCAAGCUGUGCUUGAGUUGUGUCAAAAGGAGGUUCCAGGAGAUGUGCUUGUGUACCUGUCCAGUGAGGAGGAAAUUUCCCUGUGCUGUGAAUCCUUGUCCAGGAAAGUGGGGACCUUAGCUCUCCCAGGACCUCAACCACGGGUGCUGCCCCUUCAUCCAGGCUGUGGCCAAGCGAUACAGGCUGUAUAUGAGGACACAGACAUGGGUGCCCGGAAAGUUGUGGUCACUCAUUGGCUGGCUGACUUCUCCUUCUCCCUCCCUUCUAUCCGUCAUGUCAUUGAUUCAGGACUGGAGCUUCGAAGUGUUUACAAUCCUCGGAUCCGGGCAGAAUCACAAGUAUUAAGACCAAUUAGCAAGUGUCAGGCAGAGGCAAGACGACUUCGAGCAAGAGGGUUCCCACCAGGGUCCUGCCUCUGCCUGUACCCUCAGUCCUUCCUAGAACUAGAGGCUCCCCCACUGCCACAACCCAGGGUGUGUGAAGAGAAUCUGAGUCCCCUGGUGUUACUACUAAAGAGGAGACAGAUUGCAGAGCCAGGGGAGUGCCACUUCCUGGACCGGCCUGCUCCAGAAGCAUUGAUGCAGGCACUGGAAGACUUAGACUAUCUGGCAGCUCUGGAUGAUGAUGGGGACCUAUCAGACCUGGGAGUCAUCCUAUCAGAGUUUCCCCUGUCCCCUGAGCUGGCCAAAGCCCUGCUGGCCUCCUGCGAGUUUGACUGCGUAGAUGAGAUGCUCACCCUUGCUGCCAUGCUCACUGUUGCCCCUGGGUUUACUCGUCCUCCACUGUGUGCGGAAGAAGCUGCCUUGCGUCGGGGUCUGGAACACCCCGAUGGUGACCACAGCUCUCUGAUCCAGGUUUAUGAAGCGUUUAUACAAAGUGGAGCAAAUGAGGCUUGGUGUCAGGCUCGGGGUCUAAACUGGGCAGCAUUGUGCCAAGCCUGUAAACUUCGGGGAGAGCUCCAAGAACUCAUGCAGCAAAUUGAACUUCCCUUGACCCAACCAGCCUUUGGCUCUGAACAAAAUCGCAGAAACCUUCAGAAAGCACUGGUGUCAGGAUACUUCCUCAAGGUGGCCCGAGACACAGAUGGGACUGGAAAUUACCUGCUCCUAACCCAUAAGCAUGUGGCCCAGCUCUCCUUAAAUUGCUGCUACCAAAAUCGACGUCCUCCAGCCAGACCCCCACAAUGGGUGCUAUACCACAGUUUCUCCAUAUCCAAAGACAACUGCCUUUCCAUUGUUUCUGAAAUUCAACCUCAGAUGUUGGUGGAGUUGGCCCCUCCAUAUUUCCUGAGUAACUUGCCCCCCAGUGAGAGCAGAGAUCUCCUGAACCAAUUGAGGAAAGAAAUGGCAGAUUCAUCGGCAGAGAGUGAAUCUUCCUCCACCCAGGAGUUCAGAGAUGCCUGUGUCCUGCAGUGACCUGCCUACCUAAGGAUUAGAGCUGAGCUCAACUCAUGGUCCUCCUUCAGGCUAACACCAAAGCAGACAACUAGAUUUAGAAAGCCAGAGUUUAAGGUCAAUGUAAAUUCUGGAAUCUAAAAGGAGUAGAGGGAAUGGGGUAAGCCACAAUCUAUAUCGGGUAGAAUCCUUCCCUUAGCCUUCUUGUUGCUUUCCUUAUUUGCCAGGGACUGACAUGCUCCCCAUUCUACCAAGUUAUGUCAGAUCCAUUCUUGUACUCCCUUUUGAUCUAUAAAAGAUUUUUCUAUGA